CCCGGACUUCCUACAUACACAUGAUUCUCAGUCAGUUUGUUGUUGACUGUAUUCUGCGAAUGUUGUUGAUAUUUUCUUCUAUAUUUUAUCGUAAAACGAAUUUAUAAUACAAUAAUGGCAACCUACAAAAAUCUAAACCAAAUUAAGGAUCGUAGUCCAAACAUGUUAAAAUACGAUGCCAGUAUCAAAAGUGAUUCAUUCGCUGUCUCUAACGAAAUGUACGGAGCAUUGAUAUUGGAGCCGACUAUUCCAUCCGUCAUUUCGGAUUAUGAAGAAGUUAGCGAUAUUGACAUGCCUUUACCAACCGUUUGUGCUAUCACUAAGAGUAUUGCGAAACUACAUCAACCAUCAGCUCAUUCAAAGAUGGACCGGGAAGAGUUGUUAGUACCUGCUGAUGUGUCUGUUGACAGUCUGUCGUAUUCUCAAUUGACCAAACCUAUCAGUUCUACUAAGCAUAUUGUGUAUGAAGCAAGUGAACCGAAUGUUUUAUGUGUUAAACCUUUAUCUGAAGAAAACAAACAACCUGUAAAUAACAGUGUUAAUGAUUUGCCAUCUAUUACUUCGCUUCCUUUCGUUGGUGAAGGCUUCAACAAUCUUGAUGACUUCUGGUUAGACCUUGCAAAAGGACAAGCGAUACGGUCAAAUAUAUACCAAGACGAACCACUUAUCAACCGUGAGAUGAACCCCUCAAGGAAUAAAUCGUUCGUAUCAGAAUCGAAUUGGCACUUUUCAAAAACUUUGCCUUCGAAUUCGAUAAACAAGUCAGAAAGCGAUUUGAGUGAUGGUUUUGUAAGAGAAACAUGUUGGACCUAUUCUCAAGGUUCAACGAUCAAUUCGUUAAAUAGCUCGAACGAGUUUCCUGAUAAAAAUGAUUUCCUAAUUCAAUUGGAUUUUGAUCAAGAACAAGAUAAUGAUCAACGUCAAUCAAGCAGUAUACCAGAAUCUAGAAUGAAUAUAGGAGAAAGUCUGUACGAAUUAGCUAGACCAGAAACGUAUUCAAAUAAACAAACGCACAUGGGAGACAAAAAAGGAUCUAAUCCUAGUCUAGAAAAGGAUGAACCAUCGAUUAUCAGAAGGAAUUGUUUAACAAGAAAAUUUAACACACUCCAAAACGGUAUUUAUGAACUUUCUAAUCAUCAAAAUGAUUUAGAUGAGUUUCGAACAGCUUCGCUUGAUCGAGGACAAGAAAACAAAACAUUUCUUCAAACUUUACAAGAUUGUCAACUUUAUGAAUCUGUAGACAAUUUAUCCGAACGGUCACAAUUACCUGUUCCAUCUGACCUAACAAGAAGUACUACCAACUCGACAGGCUAUUACAAAAAGGAAGAACCGGUAUAUGCAACGGUUGUAAAACCAAUUACUAGAAGAACUGAUGCAAACGUAUUUAAAAUGGACAGCAACAAGUUAGAUGAAUCUGCUGAGGCUACCAAUACAACUGAAAAUGACGAAUUCUUUUCACUAGCUUCUUCACGGAUUACAACAAACACGAAAAUCCAGAAAUCUGAAAGACCCGACAGUGGUCUAGGCCUAGACUACACGUAUGCGAAAAUCAGUAAACCAAAACGCUACGAAAAUUGGCCACUUACUAAAUCAUUGAAAAAACAAGUUGAAAACAGUGGUAGUUUACCAGAUGAAAGCGGAGCACAUAAUAUUGGUUUUGUGUCCACACAUAUUAACUCUGAUUAUGCUACCCUUGAAAGUACAUAUAGUGAUAUUGGUAAAAAUGAGAUUCAAUGUGGUGCUGUGUGCAAAGAAGUUGAUCUAGAAGACUACGAUCAUUAUUCCACAAUAGAAGAAAUUGAACGACAAAGGAACAAACAAAUACACGAUAAAACGACAUCUGAAAAGCCUCCGAUAUUGACAAAAUCUGAAAAGUCUAAGAUAACUUUGAAAACAAGAAUGAAAGGAUUGAUAACUAAGGUAACAAAAAUACAACCGUCUCACCAGCAUCAAAAGUCAGUAUUUUAUCCUUUUUCUUUUAUUUAUAAUUUUCCAAUAACAAUAAAUGGUAUGAGGUCUGCUUCUGUAAAGACUAUCCUACCAAAUGUAAAUGGAAACUGUUGGAUUAUCUGUAAAAACGAUUUGAAGAUAAGAAUGUAUGAUUCCCAGGGAUUAGAAACAGAGUCCAUAUAUAUUGGACUCGAAGGAGAAGAUAUGGCGUAUGAUAAUAAAGGUUUUCUCUACGUUUCUUGCAAAGACACUAGACGAAUAUUUAAGAUUGACACAAGAAAUUUAUGCCAGAUAUCAGCUUUUGUCGACUGCGACUUUUUCCCCCUCGGACUGGCAUUUGACAUUCUGGAUAAUACAUUGAUUGUCUGUCAGAAUCCACAAACGUUCGAUAUAUCAAUAGGUGUUGCUUCUGUGGAUUGCAUAAAGAAAUAUUCAGUCUCUGAAACGUUAGAUGUAACAAAUCUGACUCACGAAAUUUUGUUUUCUCAUCCACUUCGAGUCUUAAAAAAUUCUAACACUGAUAUUGUCGUAUCUGAUCCAGAAACAAAAUCGAUAACCAUGCUGAAUCGGAACGGUGAACAGAAAAUCAGGUUUUCAGGUAAUGACAUCUUUAAAAUGGAAUGCCAUCAUACAUUUGUCUGUGAUUUACAAGCCAAUAUUCUCAUAUAUUCUCAAAAUAUAAGUAAGCCUUCAAAUAAAAACUUGGAUAAUGUGUGUCUUCUUAACCAGAGUGGAGACUUUAUAGAUACAUUUAAUAUUGAAGAAGUGCAAGAUAAAACUGUGAAUUCUUUGGCAAUAACAGAUCUUGGUUUUCUAUGGAUUGGUUGUGAUGAAGGAAUAUUUAUCUUUGAUUAUCAAAUAAUAUAACAUUUGAAUACAGUUAUUUUAUUCGAUUUCUUAUUUUAUUUUGAAUUGUACUUUACCAUUAAAUGUACAUGAGAGCA